AUGCCUCACAUUCUCUGCCAGGGACGCGAUGUGCUCGUCUCGUGCCUCGGCGUCAUUGACAUCCUCUCGGACCCGUCAAAUCAUACAGCCAUUCGGUCAGAGUUGGCGCUUGCUGCUGAAUUCUACCGCGACCCCACCAACCCUGUGCCCUGGGAGCUGGCAGAUGGGGAGUACUGGCGCCUGGAUGAUGGAGAUUACCCCUAUUUACCGGAUACAAACAAGAUCAAGUUUGAGUUCCCGUUCCUUUCCGCUUGUCUCUUGCUCGGCCUUAACCGCAGAUCCGUGCCUGGUUCUACUCCCAGAGCCAUGCCAGUGCCCCUGGGCGCUGUGUACCGCUCCAACAGACAUUACGGGAUGGCUGUUCUAGACAUCACCAGCUUGCAUGCCAUUCGUUACGGAAUCGUCGGCUUCUGGCUCCUUGACAGGAAUCGUCAGCACGCUACCGUGGAAACCUACAUGCCACCGACGCAGGUGCUCGAGACCAAUCGGCCGCGAAUUCCCAUGUCGGCAUUCGAAUAUCUUCACAAGUUCCGUUACAGCCUCUGUGACGAGGCUUACGAGCUGAAUCAGUUCCUUCCCAUUAACCCACGUGCUAUGGAUAUAAUUUGGCCCGUCGAGCCAGAUCAAGGCCAACCUCCCAUACCAUCCAUCAUGGGCUCGGCUCACCUCUGGGCUGUCAAACCGCCAAACGAGGCCGAACAGGCUCUCGAGGUCAUCGUUCGGAACGCUAGCGUAAUGGAGCGAUUCAGUGUCGACGUCAUGAACCAUAUCCGGACAGUCCCUGAUCAUCAAAGCAUUCUCCGACGCAUCUUGUGCAAGUGGUCUGCGUCUGUCGGCCAAGCGCGGUCCACGGGACAGCUCCUGGGGUUGGUUUUCGCUGAACAGGAGCAUAUGGAACUUGCCCCAUUCCAGGGACUCUCUGCCCGAGCGAUCGAGGCGGCAUUGGAAGGCUCGCCUAACACUAAGUCUCUCAGUCUCUGCGUUGACACUCUCGGGAGCACACCUGCCGAGGUACUGGAUGUCCUCGCCCGGUUUAGGAACGUUCAGCACUUGUACUUCGUGCAAGACCCCGCCAGGACCAGCGACAAACAGAGCGUUGAGUUCUUCUUGGAGUUUCUAUCAAAGCCUAGAGGUGGUAUCAUACGCCGAAAAGCACUUCCGACUGGAGCUUUCUCCGCCGCCCUCCGUAAGGAGUUUUGGAUUCCGCCGAACUGCCGACCGCCUCAGGGCCACUUCCCCAUCCAGCACAUGUUUGUUCGUCACCGGAAGGGCUCUACUAACAAGUUCUGGCCAAAUCAUUUCUAUUUCGGCGAUGCCAUAAUGCGACCUGAACGGGUCGCCACGGGCUUCAUCUCAUACCUCAGGGGCUUGCUUGACGUUGGGAUCAACGGCGACCGUGACCACGCUCUGUUUGCGUUCAGCGCCGCGCCGCCCUCCCUAGCGAAUAUGAACGGGGUGGAAGUCCGGCCAAUCCCUGCCGAGAGCUAUGCCAUCCCCAGGCAUCCCCCAAGGAGGAAUCCCGGGGUCCCCCCUCAGCGGGAAGAGUGCUGGGCCCGUGUGCGAGACCUGUAUCCCGGAGGCUGGGCCAUCCUGAUAUCCCAUGAUGCAUACCCCGAGUUGUCCGGGACGAAAUGGACCGAGGCAAACUACUUCAGGUAUGCAUUUGUCCGCGCGCGGGUGCGUAUCAGGGCCGGAGAGCUGCGAAAACCCUUGAGCAGACAGGAAUUGGACGUCUUCUCAUUGCGCGGGUUCAUCAGGGCCACUGCCCCCGAGGUGGAUCCCACUCUUGUUGACCAACGUCUGGAGGAGCUUAUCCGAGACUGUCCCACUACAGCGACGCAGGGGACACUCCGGAUAGGGCUGGAUCCGUUGGGUGUGCUGGGUCACCUCGAAGCCGGUUCGAUGCUCCUCGACUUUCUCAUGGAUGCGAGAAGGGUGGAGAGGAACUUGCAUUUUGCCAUGGUGGAAGACCCAGAAGGUAUGAACCCGGCCUACUUGUGCCUUUCGCGGCUACUCUCUCUGUGCUACCUGCUUACCCGAUGA